AUGGUGGCAUGCCCGAUCUGCGGCAGAUCUGUCAAACAAACCACGAUCAAUGACCACAUUGAUUCCAACUGCACCGAGUACAUCGAGAAUGACAGCAACACAUCCACACCUGCGCCGGGCAAGUUCUUUAAGACACCCGUCGGCAAACGCGAUGCUUUCUCCUUCUUUUCAUCCUCUCAGCCCAUUCCAUCCCCGAGCGAUCCUCGACCGUCGACGGCGACACCGAAACGACCCUUUGAAGCUGCGUUGACGCAGCAGCCGAAUGGACACACCGUGAUCAAGAAUGAUGAGACAGGUCCAUCUCACAAUGGUGCCGAAGCAGCUGCCCCCCCAAUCAAGAAGCCCAAACACAACCCCUUCGAAAAGGCUGCGCCGCUGGCAGAACGCAUGCGCCCCAAGACCCUCGACGAGGUGUGCGGACAGGACCUCGUGGGGCCUAACGGCGUGCUGCGGGGCUUAAUUGAACAAGAUCGUGUGCCCAGCAUGAUUCUCUGGGGUGCCGCAGGAACAGGAAAGACGACCAUUGCGCGAGUUAUCGCGGGAAUGGUGGGCUCUCGCUUCGUGGAGAUCAAUAGUACGUCUUCGGGGGUGGCGGAGUGUAAGAAGAUCUUCGCCGAAGCCAAAAGUGAGCUGGCCCUCACGGGUCGCAAGACAAUCAUAUUCUGCGACGAGAUCCACAGAUUCAGCAAGAGCCAGCAGGAUGUCUUUCUCGGUCCUGUCGAGGCCGGACAUGUCACGCUGAUCGGUGCGACGACGGAGAACCCCAGUUUCAAGGUGCAAAACGCGCUUCUAUCGAGAUGUCGGACGUUUACCUUGCAGAAGCUCACCGACCAGAAUAUCUGCGAGAUCCUUCAACGGGCACUGGAAGCGGAACGCGACAAUUACAAUCCCACGGACCUCGUGAACGACGAAUUGAUCAGGUACCUUGCUGCCUUUGCUGACGGUGAUGCUCGCACUGCCCUCAACCUUCUUGAGUUGGCCAUGGACCUCUCCCGGCGGCCAAAAAUGACUCUAGAUGAUCUGAAACAAUCGCUCACAAAGACCCUUGUCUACGAUCGAGCCGGUGACCAGCACUACGACACCAUCUCCGCAUUCCACAAAUCGGUGCGAGGUUCCGAUCCUAACGCCGCAUUAUACUACCUCGCGCGCAUGCUCCAGUCAGGGGAAGAUCCGCUGUACAUUGCUAGACGGAUGAUUGUGAUCGCAAGCGAGGACGUCGGACUGGCUGACAAUUCGUUGCUCCCACUCGCAACCGCAGCAUACACAGCGUGCGAGAAAAUCGGUAUGCCCGAGGCGAGAAUCAACCUUGCCCACGUCACUGUGGCAUUGUGUCUUGCCCCGAAGUCGACCAGGGCGUAUCGAGCACUUGCGAAUGCGAUGCACGCUCUGGAAGAGCCCGGAAUUGCAGGUCUGCCCGUCCCGAUCCACUUGAGAAACGCGCCGACGCGGUUGAUGAAGGAAUUGGGAUACGGAAAAGAGUACAAAUAUAAUCCAGAUUAUGUGGACGGAAAGGUAAAGCAAGAGUAUUUGCCUGACAGAUUGAGGGGUCGGGAGUUUCUUGAAGAAAGAGACUUGGGAGAGAAUAUUGACAAGGACUUGUUAGAGGAGGGAGAGCCAGGGAAAUCUGUCAAAAUCGCCAAUGGACUGGACGGCAAUGGCUGA